GCGCUGGCCCCGUCCGCCUCCUCUCUAUGCUCCCGGGGUUUGCGCCAAUGAGGCGCUCCCAGCCUGCCUCGCGGCGUGCCAGCAUGGCGGCGCCCAUCGCCGUGCGCUGGGCUGCGCGGGCGGCCGCGGCGGGGCUGCUUCUGCUGGGUCCAGCCCGGGUGCUGGCCAGCCGCGCUCCGCCGGCCGCCGCGCUCCCCGCCCGCUGGAGCCGGAGCUGCUCCGCGCUCGGCAGCAUCCUGGGCAUCCCCGCAGAGAAGCCAACCGGUGCCCUGGGCCGGCACCCACCGCCCGUCGCCACCAGCAAAGAGGAACAGGACCGCCUGUUGCGGGAUCAGCCUGACCAGCCCCAGAACCCCAAGGUUUUAAGAAUUGCCAUCAUCGGAGCGCCCAACGCUGGGAAGUCCACGCUUUCUAAUCAGCUCUUGGGCAGAAAGGUUUUCCCCGUCUCUCAGAAAGUGCACACAACCCGAUGCAAAGCCCGGGGUGUUGUCACCUACGAGGACACACAGCUGAUAAUUCUGGACACGCCUGGCCUCACUAAUCCCCUUAAAGCCAAAAGACAUAAACUAAAGGAAGCCAUGCUGAGAGACCCGUGGGACAGCAUGAAACACGCAGAUUUAGUUCUGGUUUUGGUGGACGUGUCAGAUCACUGGACGCGAAACUCUCUGAGCAAGGAGGUGCUGAAGUGUCUUUCUGAGUUUCCUCAGAUCCCCAGUGUCCUGGUUCUGAACAAGGUGGAUCUGCUGAAGAAGAAGUACAUCCUGCUGGAACUAGUAACUGAGCUAACAGAGGGAAUUGUAAAUGGAAAGAAACUGGAAGUGAGAACUGCACUUACACAUAAUUCCGGUUCUUCAUCAAAGUCUCCUCUACAAGUCACUCGGGCUUCUCCACCUGAGAAGAGGGCCCACGAGCCUCACUGUCUGCAGGAAACGGAUCAAGCCCAACAAGGCUCUAGUUUGGACAACAGCGGUGAUACGAGGGCUUCCGAGACCAGACUGGUCGCAGAAGAAGCACAAGGGCCAAAGCACUGUGGACCCAGAGAUCUAAAAAAUAUGAAGGGCUGGCCGUGCUUCCAGGAGAUCUUCAUGCUGGCAGCUCUCCAUGGGGAGGAGGUGGAUACGCUCAAGCGGUACCUCCUGAUGCAAGCCAAGCCAGGCCCUUGGGAGUUCCACAGCGGGGUCUUGACCAGCCAGUCACCUCAGGAGAUCUGUGAUAACAUCAUCAGGGAGAAGCUACUGGAGUACCUGCCACUGGAAGUGCCCUACGGCGUGAUUCAGGUGACUGAGAUGUGGGAGGAAGGACCGAGCGGGGAGCUCCUCAUCGUGCAGAACCUCAGGGUCCCGAGGAAGUCUCAUAUGCGGUUCGGUGCUCCUGGCACGUGGUACUCGCUCCAGAGGGAGUCACAGACUCUUGUGAUGAUGCUGGAGAAGGGAGAAAUGGAACUGUGACCUGUUCUCAGUGUGUGUACGAGCUGCUUCCUUGACGGCCAGUGAGAGGAGCAGGGAGGUCAGAGGAUGGGCUUGUGAGCAUUUGCUGGAGCAUAUUUAUCAGAAAGGGAAACUGAGCAGGGAAUAGAUGUUUUUCUGCCUCUCCACAUCCUGUUUCUGGUGCGUGGUGGGGUCCUGCGUGUCCCCCACUCUGGCUAACAAAUAUAUGUUGGGUGAUUUGGUCUCACAGAUGCUUGCUUCUGAAGAACAGCUUGUUCAUCAUGCAAAACCAGAGCGAACCUCCUUUCUUAGGAAUUUGAAUAGUUUCUUGCACUGACGUUACUGUAAAGUCGUUACUCUCUGCACCAGGGUCACAGCUACAAACCUAGAGGCUGUCGCAGCUGAAGAAAAGCCCAAACUGGGAACGUCAGCGGGUUCUGCAGCUGAGGGCUAGUGGGGUGUCGGGGAUGGAGAGCCACUGGCAGAGCUCAGGGUGUGAGCAAGGCUUGGAGGAGCCCUUGGCGCGGAGCGCGGCGGCACCGAACGAUGGAGCCCGGCACCACGUGCGCGGGCCGCUGCCCUCCCUGACGCUCGCCCAUGGACCCGGUGUUUGGGGGCUUGAGUUCUGUCUCUGACACCCCUGCGCUCAGGUAUUUGCAGCACGGGGCAGCUUCCUGCCAGAAAUCCAGGUAAAUCCUUGUGUGCUGCCCUAAAUUAACAUCCCUGAGCGCAGGGGCGCCUGGCUGCCGUGCUGACAGUUACAGGAGAUCUGGUGGGGUCGGCUGGGGUCUCUGCUCCUGCCUGGAACCCUGACCUGUUGAGCAAAUCCUGCGUGUGCUGUCCUUCUCCAGUACAACGUCAGGGAGGUGCUUUACCAGCCCUGGCAGAAGCCUGUGUCCGAGCCCCCGAGGGCCGCAGCAGCGCGGGAUCGCCCGGCAGCCGGGCUAAGAAGCCUCCAGAGGUGGGUGCUGGGGAGGCCGUCAUCCCUUGAACGCUUCUAUCUGACUUUUGUAUUUUACUUGCAAUAAAACGAGGUCCCGGCACAA